UCUUUCGCUAGUAGGAAAAACGAAAGGAUUUUAAAGGAGGAAAACGUUGUUAUUCCUUCCCGCUACGGGCCACAAAAUUGAUGGAGAGAUGUUGGGUCCACAACACCUGACAGUCUCACACCCCAGUGGUCGGCGCAAGAAGCCCCCUCCCAAGUCCCAAUGCCUAUCUUCAUCGCCGCGAAGAAUCUUGUUCUUCUUCUUCCAUCUUCCCCUCGAUGAUGAUGAUGAUGCCGGCUCUGUCCACCUCAGUUUCAGCAGCUCUUCCUCCGGUCUCCUUCGUCUCACUCCAUCACCCUCCGCGAAAUCACAGACGCUUCUCUCUCCAGGUUGAUGCUCUGAGCUCACCAUCAUCAUCAUCAUCAUCCCCUGAAUACUCUUCUGCCGAGAACGUCACUUCUUCUUCUACCCCUAUAACUAAGAAACCCCUUCUCGAAUUCUCUCUGUCGCCGAAACCAAGCGUCAAUUAUGCGCUUGCUAAUCCCAAUGGCAGCAGCCCAGUUGUUCGAUUCGUCAACUCCGCUGAAUCCUCCAUCGAGAAAGCAAUUUUUGACUUCCGCUUCUUGGCGCUUCUGGCUGUUGGAGGUUCAUUGGCAGGUUCCUUGUUGUGCUUUUUGAAUGGUUGUGUUUACAUUUUUGAGGCAUACAAGGUAUACUGGACAGGAUGUCUCAAAGGAGUUCAUACAGGACAGAUGGUUCUACGAUUAGUUGAAGCUAUUGAUGUUUAUCUUGCUGGUACUGUCAUGCUGAUAUUUGGAAUGGGAUUGUAUGGACUAUUUAUCAGUAAUGAGCCUCCUGGUGUAUCCUCCAAAGCUUCUUCCAAGGGAUCUUCCUUGUUUGGGAUGUUCGCAUUGAAG